AUGGGUGACGAAUACGAGCAACUAGGACCGCCUCGUGAGGCACCACCUCCAGCACUAGGAUUACCAGGUGCAGCUCCACCACCUCCACCACCUGGUCUUCCACCACCUCAACCGCCACAACAGCCUGAAGCUCAACAGCCAGGUGUCACUAAGAGCUCAUCAGCAAUAAAGAUCAAAAAAUAUCUGAAGAAAAACCAAGCAAAACAAGGUUAG